AAUUUUCUUAACGAAAUUGGUCUCAUCGUCUUCGUCCCUCCCUCUUCCCUGUUCCCAGGAUAAGAUUCUAAAGCCUCUGACUCUGAUAGCCCGAGAACCUCUCCGAAAUUACCAACUCACCCUCAUCGUCAAUCCAUCCCUUCCUCCCCUAAAGCGCUAGCUUCCUCUUCAAUCCUCCACUCAAUGUCUACCGCUUCACAUUAAUCGAAGCUCGUCCCUGUGACUCCAACCAUGAACUCGGCCGCCACUUUUCGGGCGAACUUCAUUCCCUUAUCUUCGCACUUCAGCACUUCUUGCUGUGACCUCCGCUUCCUCCCCUCGAUUUCUUCUGCAAUUAAUUGUCGCCGUAAAUGCAGCAGUUUGCGACGGAGCCGCGUGUCCAGGCUAGUUCGUCGCGGAAAGCGGGGGGUGGUUUGCCGAGCGACUGAGACGGAGACCGAGCCAGAAAGUAACGACGACAAGGAAAAGAGAGUACAUGAAGAUGGGGAAAUGAGAACUUCUGCUGAAUCAAAUGCCCCAGUAGCUGAUCAAGUAGAUGACCAGUCAGCUGUGACAGAGAUUCACAAUUCAAACAGUCAAAUAAAUGGCAACGGCACAGGCACCAAGGCACAAGAUGGUAAUGAGGAUGGAGGUGAUAUGGAAGUUGCGAGUGGAUCACCUCUUCCAGGUGUGAAGCCACAGCAACUAGAUGAAUCAGCCAGGAUACCGAAGGAAACAAUUGAAAUUCUUAGGAACCAAGUGUUCGGCUUUGAUACCUUUUUUGUGAUAAAUGAGGAGCCAUAUGAGGGUGGAGUAUUGUUUAAGGGAAACCUCCGAGGUCAAGCAGCUAGAAGUUAUGAAAAGAUAACAGAGAGGAUGGAAGAAAAGUUUGGGGACCAAUAUAAGCUUUUUCUUUUGAUCAACCCAGAGGAUGAUAAACCUGUAGCUGUUGUGGUUCCAAGAAAGACCCUACAACCAGAAACUACUGCUGUCCCAGAAUGGUUUGCAGCAGGAGCUUUUGGAUUGGUUACAGUCUUCACUUUACUUUUGCGAAAUGUUCCUGCAUUACAGUCAAACUUACUGUCAACUUUUGACAAUCUUGACUUAUUGAAGGAUGGUUUGCCUGGAGCCCUUGUAACUGCAAUUAUUUUGGGUAUCCAUGAGAUCAGCCACAUUUUAGCUGCAAAAGAAAGCGGAGUUAAGCUAGGGGUGCCAUACUUUGUACCAAGUUGGCAGAUAGGCUCUUUUGGUGCUAUUACUAGGAUUUUGAAUAUUGUACCCAGGCGUCAGGAUCUUCUGAAGGUUGCAGUAGCAGGACCAUUAGCUGGCUUCUCCUUUGGUUUUAUCCUUCUACUUUUGGGGUUCAUCUUGCCACCUGGGGAUGGUCUAGGUGUUGUUGUUGAUGCAUCCAUCUUUCACGAAUCACUUCUUGCUGGUGGUAUAGCAAAGUUUCUCCUUGGUGAUGUUCUGAGAGAAGGUACUCCAAUAUCCGUCAACCCUCUUGUAAUCUGGGCCUGGGCAGGACUUCUCAUUAAUGCAAUUAACAGCAUCCCUGCAGGGGAGCUUGAUGGGGGAAGAAUCUCUUUUGCCAUAUGGGGAAGAAAGGUUUCAUCUCGCUUGACAGGUGCCUCAAUCGCGCUGCUUGGACUGUCCUCCUUGUUUAAUGAUGUCGCAUUUUAUUGGGUAGUUUUGAUAUUCUUCUUGCAGAGAGGGCCAAUUGCCCCUCUUUCUGAAGAAAUUACCGACCCCGACAGCAAGUAUGUCGCCCUCGGAGUUGCAGUUUUGUUAUUGGGAGUGCUGGUGUGCUUACCUUACCCAUUCCCUUUUACAAGUGAAGCCAUUACAGGUUUCUAGCUGUAGAAUAAAUACCCUAUUGAAAAUAUGUUGUAGGUAGACAAGGGUAGUAUUACCUAGUUUCCUCUCAAGAGAACCCUUAAAUAUUGGCUCAUAAGGAAUCUGAUUAUAUAUAUCAACAUUAUAUAGUGAGAAUAAUCCUCUUGAGAGAUGUUUCCAUCUUCCACAAAACAACAUCCUUAUGGGUAUGAAACUUUUGCAAUUUCCAGUACUUCUGUAUUAGAAGCCAGGCCCACUGCUCCAAACAGGGAGUUGGAUUGGUUCA